ACAUAAUGAUAUUAAUAGACGUCUUCAGCUGCGAAUGAAACGAUUUAUUGACUUUUGUGAGAUUCUAGCAAGGAAUUCAUUUACAACUGGCUUUAGGUCAUAUACCACGCCACAUCUUAGCUGGUUGCUAUGACAACUUAUCCCAUACGCGUACAUUUUGAGAAUGGCCAGUUCCCUCUAUCAGACAUGCCUACAGGGAAUCAUGGUAGUUUUAUUCAUCAUCUUGGACUGGAUGUUUGUUUUGAGGUCGAUUCCACCCCAAAAUUUUCCUUCAAAGACUUCGUUGCGUUUUAGUAGGUACGUUUACCUGAUCUUAGAAAUUUCACUAACGCAGCUUCUAAAAUAACGAACGCUUCUAAAAAACAUGCUCUUCAAUAACGCUUAUCUCAAAAACGAGCAUAGUAAUCCCCUUUUUUGUUGUUGCCUGUUUGGCGUGCAUUGUUUGAUCUUUACCUUACUGCAUGGUAAGUUAAAAAAAACGGCAUGUGGGAACAUCAUGGGCGCGAAACCAUGCAUGAAAGAUGUGGACGCGGGCAACGCGGGCUUGGUCUCAUCCCUCCCCUCCCCUAUCAUCAGCAACAUGCGCGAUUUAACUCGUCCUAGUUCUCCUCGGUCCUAUGAAAUCAUCGAGGCGAGUCGACGCUUCUAUCGAGCCAAAAUCAGUUUAUGCGCGAAAGGUUAGCCAAGGAGCACACGGAGUGGAAAGUGGGAAGUAACCUGAAUGCUGGUGGAGGUAAACUACUAACAGUAAAGAUCUGGGAAGAAUGGAUGGAAAAGAAGGAUUUGAUGGAAAGUCAAAGGAGUGGCUUGAACAGUUUUAUUCUCCCAGUAGAUGGAGCAAACGUAUGAAUGCUGACGAAGUCGUGGAGUAUCAUGUGAAGGUGUGUACGGAAUACAGUGAAACUACUCGGCAAAGUUUAAAUGGUGAACUGAGCAUAGCCUAUGGUGAGAAGAAAGCCAAGAUGGACAUAUUUUAUCCCACUGCAAUGAAUGAUGAUUAUGUUAGAUAUGUAGACAGUGCCAUGCCAGUUUUGCUGUUUAUUCAUGGUGGAUUCUGGCAGGAAGGUAGCCGGAAGAUGUAUGGCUUUGUAAGCAAUGCUUGGAUAAAAGCUGGAUGUAUCGCUGCAAUUGUGGGUUACAACCUAGCACCAGAAGCAAACCUGGAGCAGAUGGUGACCGAAAUCCAAGCAGCUGUGAAGUUUGUUGUUAACAGGUUUCCUAAAUCAAAUCUGUUUUUGUGCGGCCAUUCUGCUGGAGCUCAUUUGUGUGCCAUGAUGAUGGUCUCAGAUUGGAGCAAAGAUCCAUCCAUUCCCCAGGCUGUUCGUGGUAUGUUUCUCAUCUCUGGAUUUAUCUAG